UCUGUGCCGACCAACUUUUGAGAAGCUGAAUAACGGAAUGAACGGAAUAAACGAGCAAUUCAACUCGUACGAGUUGCCAACGAGUGCACACACUCGUCUGUAGUUGAAUUGUACCAGUUGCAAUAAGCGUGUACGGUCGUUUAUGUGUAGCGUAGUGUGUGUGGGAGCGAACGAGUAAAAUUAACAACACCACCAACGCCUUCACCACUACGACACGCUUGUGAGUGGUUAAAAAAAGUUGCUGCGAAUAACCCACGACUCAGAAAACGACACUUGAAUGGCCAUUCCCGCUGACGACCGUCGAGUGAGCCAACGAGUGCUGGCCUGCCCCUUACGGCGCCCACACGAAAACAGCACGAGCAUACAGACGAAACGAGUACGCUGACGAACGCAUGUAUGAAUGGGCGAAAAUCCUUUAGUACUGAAAAGGUCGUGGUUUUGUGUAGUCGUCGUUUGGAAAAAUAGCGCAGCAGCGCAGCUACGUUCUUUCAGCUUUAGACGGUGUGUCGCGUCGCGGUGUGUGUUACUAUACGUAUUAAUAUGCAAAAAUAUAUACAUGGAUGAAUAAUAUUAGUUUUCCAUGCAAUAACGAAAAAAAAAAAUAUAUACAUAUAAAAUAACUCGAGAUCAAAUCAAAUAUAUAGUAUAAGCGCGUUAUUGACGGAAGAUAUAAAGAAAGAGCUAUUAAAUAAGUUGCGCGAAAGUGCAGCAGACGUUAAAAUAAGAUGCGUUCAUAAGCCUAUAAACAAAAAAGGCAUUGAUUUCUGUGAAAAAUUAUUUGCAAAAAUAAAUUACAUUUGAACUAAUGCAGCUUGGAGUGAAAUGCGGUGUAAUGUAAUGCAACUGCGCGCCUAAAAGUAGGCUACGCUAGUUAAUGUUCAUAUUGUAAAUGCCAGCAGUUCGCUGGAGGUCCAUAGGGCAGUGCGCGCGUGCAAAGGCUCAACGCGAUAUUUCUAUAUAGUAUAGCUUAUAAGUGCUUGUAUGAGUCAUACCAGUGCCAGCGACAGAUGUGUAGGUGGGCGUUUGCGCCACCUCAAUGUUUACAUUAAAAAACCAGCAACAAUGCGGUCGGAUGUAUGGUGCAAAAAGGACAAGAAAUAUUUGUGAAGUAAAAUAGAAAAAAAAAAUGAAAAAAUAAGAUAAUGUAAAUGUGUGAACACAUAUCAAAAACUAACAAUAUUGUGCUGACACGUCUGCAACAAUGUCCCUUGUGGAACAUAACUAAACCAAAGUAAUGAGCGUGAGCAGGCGACCAGCUGCAUGUCAGGUGUGACGUAUAUGACAUGUUGAACGCAUGUGGCAACACACAACCGUCCAGCAGUGCACAAAAAAUGCAAUUUUAAAAAUAAAUUUAAAAUAAUAAAAUAAAUAAAUAAAAUAUAGAAAAAUUCAAAUUUCAAAUAAAAUAUAUGAAAUGUAUAAAGCGGGAAAACAAUGCAUUAAAUAAUCAAAGAGAAGAUUUAAAUUCAUAAAAAAAAAUAACAGUAAAUGCUUGUGUGUGUAAAAUACUUGUAAUAAUCUCUAAUAAAAUAAGUAAAAUUCAAUUAUUAAGUAAAUUAGAAAAUAAAAGUGUAACAAAAACAGAAAUGUAAUUAGCGUAGAAUAUAUGUUAAUAAUAACAAUAACAUAAUUUAGUUAAUUAAAACUUGGUGUACAAAUGAAAACAAAGUAAAUAUUAAAUUGCAAUAUAAAAAUAACAAAAAGCUAAUUAAGAAUUCAGUUUGAAACUUCAAUGCUUCAGAAAGCUAAUACAACAACAAGCAGCAACAAUAUAUUACACACAUUUACAACAGCAGUCAAUUUAUAACCUUGCUGACUGAGUGCUUUUUUUGUCGACUUAACAGCAGCGAUCACACACAUGAUCACAGCCAUGGAGCGCGCUUUGUCGAUUCUGUUAUGCCUCAGCCUAACAACUUUGCAGUUUAUUUCAACACGUGAACAUGGCGAUGGCUUCAAACCAGAUGGCGAGAUCCUCCGUGUGCUGGUCAACACUUCGGCGCAAAUUAAGUGUGAUGUCGGUUCCAGUUUGCCAGACGAUAAAGUUUUACUGGUCGUUUGGUAUAAGAAUAAUCUUCCAAUUUAUAGCUAUGAUACACGUGGUGCGCAUGCAGGCACGCCAUCCCAUUGGCGAGAUGAGGACGUGCUGGAAGAUCGUGCCGUCUUUCGUACGCAUAAGGAGCCAGCUGAAUUGAUAAUAAAUCCUCUGAAGGAAAAAGAUGCAGGGAAUUUUCGUUGCAGAGUGGAUUUCAAACUCUCGCAAACUAGAAAUAGUAAUGUUAAUUUGGAAGUAGUCGUACCUCCGCAGCAACCGGCGAUUGUGAGUAACUCAGAUGGGAGAUCCGAUACACGAGCUGGUCCGUAUGAGGAAGGCGGUCAACUGGAUCUGACAUGUGUGGUGUACGGUGGCUCACCACCGCCCACAGUGACUUGGCUCUGGAAUGGUCACAUUCAGAAUAGUGUAGUGGACUUCACAGCAGAUGGCACCAUCAAGAGCAGAUUGUUGGUGAAGAAUUUGUCACGCAUACACCAACAUGCUGUGUUCACGUGUCAAGCGAGUAAUUUUCACAAGAAAUAUGUCUCCACCAAUAUCACCAUUGAAUUGUAUUUGCGACCGCUUGUGGUUGAGAUUUCCUUCAACAAUCAACCGAUGUCUGCCGAUCGCAAAUACGAAAUUGAGUGUCAAGCCAUUGGCUCAAGGCCACCAUCAAAAAUUACCUGGUGGAUGGGUAAUAUGGAGCUGUUGGGACACAGUCAAAAGGUUUCGGAAGAUGGCAAUGUAAGCCUUUCCGUACUCAGCAUUACACCAACGCGUAGUGAUCAUGGCAAAGCGUUGUCCUGUCGUGCAACGAAUGAGCUCGUGCGCAACGGUAUACGGGAGACGGCGAUGAAGCUUAAUGUUUUCUUUAUACCAACGCUUCAAUUGGACUUGGGCUCGAAUUUGAAUCCGGAAGAUAUUGAAGAGGGUGAUGAUGUUUAUUUUGAGUGCAAAGUGCAUGCGAAUCCGGCAGCCUACAAAGUUGUGUGGAAACAUAAUAAUCAAAUCAUUCAACACAAUCAACGCGCUGGCGUCAUUGUGAGUAGUGGCGAUUUGGCGUUGCAAGGUGUGACUCGUCAUCAAGCGGGCAACUACACCUGCACCGCUUCGAAUGUUGAGGGCGAUGGUGAUAGCAAUAUUGUUGAGCUGAAAGUGAUGUACAAACCCAUUUGCCGACCGGAUCAGAAGAAGAUUUAUGGUGUGGCGCGUAAUGAGGCCGCCGAGAUUUUAUGUGAGGUUGAUGCAUUUCCACCGCCGGAAAACUUCAAAUGGUCCUUCAAUAAUACAGCAGAGACGUUUGAUAUGCCGCAAAGUGGUUUCCGUGCACAUUCAGCGCAAGGUUCGACAUUGACCUACACGCCGGUCAAGGAAAUGGAUUUCGGCACCAUCAUGUGUUGGGCAGAUAACAAUGUCGGUCAGCAACAUGAGCCUUGCGUCUUUCAUUUAAUUGCCGCUGGUAAGCCAGAAAUGCCAGCGAAUUGCACUAUAUUCAAUCAGACAUCGGACUCAUUGGAGGUCUAUUGUAUGGAAGGCUUUGACGGUGGUUUGCGACAAUGGUUCCUACUGGAAAUUUUCGAUCAGCAUAGUGGCCAAUUGCAAGCCAAUAUCUCAUCAAAAUAUCCACUUUUAAGCGUCACUGGACUGGACUCUGGUCGUCUCUUUCGCAUAUUUGUUUAUGCAGUGAAUUUGCGUGGACGCAGUGAAGCGGUGCAGGUGGAAGGUUAUACGCUGAAAGCGGCGGAGAAGCAAACAGUUGCGUUGACAUCCUACAAGGGUACACAAUCCAAUUUCGAACUCACACCCAUACUGUCUGUGGGCAUUUUCGUUGGCAUUUUGGUGGCAUUGGUCUGCAUUACCAUCGGUACGAUUGCAGCAUUAAAAGUACGUUCACACAAACAACAACAAAAAUAUCAACAUCAAAAUGCAAAAUUCUCACGACCAGGCAAUUUACAAAUUAAGGACAAAAUCUCUUUGCCAUUAAGUCAUUCGGAGGAGAUGUACGACGAGAAGAAUCCGGAUGUUGUGCCAUACAAUGAAGUCGAUGGUGAAUACAAACAGAAAUCAGCAACACAAACACCAUCCGGCCAUCUGUCCACGACAAGUGAAGCGGAAAUUAGCUGUAAACCGCUAACGGACGAGCUUGGCGCAUACAAAAGCAACAAGGAUGAUGAGCUACACUAUGCUGAGCUAACACUUGCGCCCGGUAGCGCUAGCACCAGUGGCAUACCAAAAAAGUCCAUUUCGGUCGAUUGCAGCAGCAGCAUGUUGUUACAAGGCGCCGGCAUAAAUACAAACAACAUGUCUGUCACUAUCGGCGGCACACUGCCGCACGGUACCAGUGUACGCAAGUUGUUGCCCAACAUACCGGCCAAUGCCGGUGCGAGCACACUACAACGCCUCAAGUCGCAGUCAACAGCGGCGGCGCAACAAACACCACCACCACCAUCGUACGAUUACUUUGAAGAGCCGACGAUAUAUGCGCAAAUAGAUCACUACAAGACAACAACGUUGGGUGGCACAACAAAUGCUGGUUGCCCAUCAUCGGCAUCUGUAUCGCCGUUCCCGCCAAACAUUUCGUCGCCAGCCUCACAAGGCACACCCUCGACGGUGUCGCCCGGCACCGUGCAGAUGUAUACAAUGCCCUCGCAUCCGGGCGGUUAUCAUACGCUGCCGCACAACCAUCAUCAUCAGCAGCAACAGCAGCAGCAACACCUACAACAACAACAACAACAGCAGCAACCACCACAACAGCAGCAACACAAUACGUCCGCCACGUCGAUGCUACAAAUGAUGGCGGCUGCGGGUGUUAUGCAUGGCGCCGGUGGCAAUAUUUAUCAACAUCAUGGUACGUUGCCAAUGCCACCGACAUAUCAGCAGCACCAGCAGCACCAGCAGCAACAGCAACAACAACAAUUACAACAACAGCAAAUCACCGGCCAAAUGUUAGUGUCGAGCAAUAGCAGUGGUCUUGGCUCGGCUACAACAACAGCGGCCGUGACAAGUCCGAGCAGUUCGCUGUCGGGUCUCUCGGCCAUUGGCAAAUCGUAUUCGCGUGAAAUUGUGACGGUACGAACGCCGCUAAUGUAUUCGCAGCAGGAAAGUUGCGUCUAAAAUGAUGUCACGCAAGCGCAUAGCAUGCAUUAGACAUAAUUAAGCGAAACGGAAUUCAAUUAUGUCGUAAGAGACUGGGUAUGAUUUGUGGAAAUUUGAAAAGUAUAACUUUUACAUUUAAAUUGGUCUGAUUGAGUUGAUGACAUAAUGAGUGUCGCGUGUGAAAGUUAUUGCAUGUGUAAAAAAGCUCUGAAACAUGAUUUUUCUCUAUAUAAACGCCUCUUUGUGGAAUGGAAUGGGUAAUUAAUCUUUCAAUUACUUUGAAAAUAUAUAUGUUAAUUAUUAAGUAUUUUAAUUUAUUAUUAUUAAUUAUUAUUUCUUACUUCUACUACGUUCGUUUGCUGUGUUUUUUUCUCGCUCUGUCUUGCUUGCAAUUUGCUUUAAAAACGUCACCAUUUUAAUGUGGCCUACAUAAAAAUGAAGUUGGAAAUAAAAGUAUGUGAAUAUUAAAAUGUAUUGGUAAUCAAAUCAAUUUCGAUAUGGCGACAAUAUUAAAAAAAUGUAUUUUUGUCAUAAGCAGUUUCAUAUAUUUGUUAUUAUAAAAUUUACAUUUAUUGCAGCUUUUGUUUGAUAAAAGAACAUAAUUUAACAAAAAACAAUUUAUUAUAAAAAAGUUUUAAAUCUAAAUUGUUAAAUUUUUAUAAACAUUACUGCAUAAGUUAAUACCACAGCAAAAUGAAUUUGCUUUUAAAAGCUACGUUGAGCGUUCAUAAAUUAAAGGCUUAACCAAACAUGAUUUCCGAUAAUCUAAACUCAAUUUUAAAACUUUCAAAGCUUAAAAAUUUAUAUUUAAUUUUCAAAAAUUUAAUGCCAUAUGCUCCACAUAUCAUAACAGCACAUAUUAUGUAGCAUUAGAGGGUUAUAAACCAACAUGACGUAUACGUAACGUGUGCGCCCAGCAGUUCUGAGAAAUUGUCUGCUCCCAUUUGAACCUAAAAUAAAUGUUUAAUUAAUAUUUAAGUUAAAUUAAUUAUUUUUAUUUAACUCACGAUUCACAUGUCUACUUUUUACAUAUUACUUCGAAAUUUCGUAUUUGAAAUUUAUUUGUUCUCAAAAUUUUUGAAAAGUUAACGCGCGGCUACAAAUGUAUAUGUAAAGAAAUUGUGUUGUACGCUAAAAAAAAGCGUGUUUGCUCGAAGCGUGAUUAGGUAUGCAAAAAAUAUAAUGCUGUUACUACUUAGUAAAGCCAGUAAUUUAAGGCUAUGAGUGUAGUUAUUGAGAUUAAUGUACAUAGCAGAGAAUUGUACACUAAUGUAUGUAUAUGAAGCUAAUUACUUUUUGUAAUUUCUAGUAUUUAGGCAAGCUAAUUAAAUACAAAAACUUAAGUAAUUAGAAUAAUUAGAUAAAUGUAUAAAAACUAAAUUUAGUAGGGUAGUACUUAAACAUCUUAAAAAAACAAAACAAAAAUUAUCAACUUAGAUAUGUGUAACAUGAAAGAGAAAAGUGUAAAUUACUGAAAUGAAUAACAACUAAUUGAAAAACGCUUCACUAUUAGCGAAAGUGCAAAACUCUAAAAAAGAACUGAAUGCAUUUGAAAUAAUUAAAUGUCACAAUAUACAACAACACAAUCCCUACUUCGUAUCCAGCGAAAAUCUUACAGAUUUUUAAAGAAAAAUUUAGCGUUCAAUAGCACAAAUAUGGAGGAACAAAUAACUAAUUUAUUUAUUUACACAUUUUUGCUGCUGCUAGCUGUCCCACAUACCCGUGAUUAAUAAUUUUUAUGCAAAAAUCAGAAUGUAGCACACUUCGUGUUUAAAGAGCAGCAAACAUAGUCAUGCACUUUAAUUUUACGUUGAACAAAAGUCCAUCAUCAAGUCAGACUUUAGAUUUGCCAGUAGCCGUCGCAAAGCUCAGAGAAUACUGAGUUAAAGAGAUGCGCUAGCAAGCCUAGCCGCGCACAUUCUACGUUGUAGAAUUUUAACUCAUAUCGCAAUAAAUUAAAAUAAAAAUAUUUAUUUUUGUCACCAAACUACUCAUUUAAAUUUUUAAUGCAUUUACGAAGGAUUUUCGUAUAUCAAAAUUUUUUGAAAAUAUAUACAUAUCUAAUUAUAGUUUUAAGACUACUACAAGUAGAUCAUCCUCUAACUAAUUAUUACUAAAUAUUUUAUUAAAAUCCAUAAAUUCCACCACCUACAACGUUAGGUGUUUCAACUGCUCUCAAAGUAGGAAAAAUUAAAAUUUAAUAUAUAUAUAUAUAUAUGUGGUAUCGAGUUUAAUAAAAUAUAUAGUAAUAAUUAAAACUAAGAACGAUCUAGCAGCUUAAAAAUUAUUUAUUUAAUUAUAAUUAUAUAAAUAUAUAAAAA